UCACGUCACUUCCGCAUGCAGAAGUCAACUCGUGUCGCAACUCUCGGAUUCCUCGGCGUUGGGAAAGGCUCUGAACCACUGUCGUUUAAUCUGAUUUGUUUUGUCUUGAUAGACCAAGAUACACUACUAGAUGUGUAAACAUUUAAACAGCUUUACGUUCUACAGUAUUUACUCUCGAACAGUGUCAGUUUGACGUGAUAAUCCCCCAGCAAUAUUUGACGACGGCAACUAUUAUCGAUGGACAGGAACGUUGUUUUGAAGAACUACUGCUUUGAAAGCUCGAGACUCGGAGGAACCAAUCUGUUUUAAACACGGACAAGCCCGCCGUUUAUUUUAAACGGAAGUGAGAACUGAGAGUCAAAACCCAAGAGUUCAGCACUCUCUUGUUUAAGCUUUCAGUAAUACUCUGGGAUAAAACCGCGUUUCUGAAAUCAACCGUUUCCGGUUUUUAAGGCGUCAAUAGCCGAGUAUUUAGUUUCGUUUUAAAUCCUGGCGAUCAUUAUGUCUUCUGAAUAACAAUUUCCAAUGGAUUGUUUUAUUACAGCGUGCGUUUAAAAUACCGAGUACAUCACAACGCCAAACAGAGAUUGUUCCUAAUGACAUUGGCUGUAUGUUUUGGGUCAUUGUCGACAUGCAACUUUGGUCAGAGGCCAAAUAAAAUGGUAAUUUGUUCCCUUUGCAAAACCGAAAUGUCGUACCACGGCAGCACAACUGCGAUGCUCGAGCACCGCAGCACAACUACAAUGCUCGAGCACCUCAGAAGAAAACAUCCUGGCGUUCUCCGGCCUCAAAAGGAUGAGCCAUCUUUCUUUGCCAAAUAUCUGGGGAAAAUAAGAGGCCUGCUUUGGAAUUUGAAACCAUCAGAAAUUAUUGUGCUUCCUGAAGAUUUUGGCAAGAUGCAGUUGACAGAGCACCCACAUCCACUGGUGAUGCCAGUCCCACCCAGUCAAUCGGGUGGCAGCAUUGCCAGUGAUUCAGCAAGCAGUAGCUUAUCAGAUAGCUAUCAUGCCAUAGAGAGUGAAGUUGGUGACAUGGAUCUGUCCCGGCUCCCAGAGGCACCUGUGGAUUCGGAUGACGAGUAUGAUGAAGAUGAGGAGCUUGAACAUGCCACAGACACUCUCCUUGGUCGAGAUGUGGUGAGAGAGAGUUUAGAGAAGAAACCAACUGAGCGCAAUGAUGAUGACAUUGAGCUGCUUCUUGAGUUCAUGCAGCAGCUGCCAGCAUUUACUAACAUGACCAUGUCAGUGAGGAGAGAGCUGUGUACAGUCAUGGUCUUCGAGGUUAUAGAACAUGCUGGCACCAUCAUCCUAUAUGACAAACAGGAGUUGGAGCAAUGGUAUGUUAUUCUGAAUGGAGCAGUAGAGAUAAUUUUUGGAGACAACCAUGCCGAAAUCCUCUGCAUGGGGAACAGCUUUGGGAUCUCAGCCUCAUUGGUGAAGCAGCAUAUGAAUGGAGAGGUGCGCACAAAAGGGGAUGACUGCCAGCUGGUGUGCAUUGCUCAGGAGGACUACUGGCGCAUUCUAAACCACAUGGAGAAAAACAUGCAAAAGGUGGAGGAAGAAGGUGAGAUUGUCAUGGUAAAAGAGUAUCGUGAGCUGGAUCGUAGUGGCACAUGCAAAGGCCACAUAGUCAUCAAGGGCACUCCAGAAAGGUUGAUAAUGCACUUAGUGGAGGAACCCUCAGUAGUAGAUCCGACCUACAUUGAAGAUUUUCUCCUCACCUAUCGAACGUUCCUUUCCAGCCCCAUGGAAGUGGGCAAUAAGCUACUAGAGUGGUUCAAAGUGGACAAUCUGAGAGACACGGUUACACGGAUAGUGUUGUUAUGGGUGAACAAUCAUUUUAAUGAUUUUGAAGGAAACCCUUCAAUGACACAGUUUCUUGAAGACUUUGAAAAUUUGCUGGAUGAAGCGAAAAUGAAUGGUCAUUUGCGUUUGCUGAAAAUGGCCUCGGCUGCUAAGGCCAAGUUGCGCCAGGUGAUGCUGCAGAAGACAAACAGAGACUCACCACUGCCUUUUAGCCUGCUAGGAGGCAGUGAGAGGGGUUUUGGUAUUUUCAUAGACAGCAUAAAGGAGAACAGCAUGGCCAUUGAGGCUGAACUGAAAAGAGGAGAUCAGAUAAUAGAGAUUAACGGGCAAAAUUUUGAAAACAUAUCUUACUCCAAAGCUGUUGACAUUCUAAGGAAUAAUACUCACCUUUGUCUCACUGUUAAGACAAACAUUUUUGUCUUCAAAGAACUUCAAAAUUGUGUGCGGAAUGACAAGAAGAAUGGAGCCCCCCACUUUACUAAAUUUUAUGAGAUGAAGGGCAACCGCUUUUCUAUUGCUGAGAUGCCUGGUGACAUAGAACUUCCCACUGACAGCAAAAGUCAUAAGAAAAUGAAAGCCCACACAGUGUCAGCCGGACGCAACAAAAUCCGAAAGAUGAUGGAAAAGACAAGGUUCAGCAUUCUCCCUCCUAAGCCCUUCAGGGGAUUUUUUGGUGAUGCAUGCAUAGGCCAGUCUCAGGAUGACAGCAUUGUUGGAACAAAGCAAUGCAGGCACAGUGUGGCCAUUGUGCCCAGUCUGUCCUCCAGCACCCCUGAUUUACUGCAACCGACAACCAGCACACUUAGCUUCUCAAACUCCACAGAUGUACCAGAUCAGGUCAUACGUGUUUUCAGAGCAGACCAACAGAGCUGCUACAUUAUAAUCAACAAAGAUACUACAGCCAAGGAUGUGGUCUUAAAUGUAGUUAAGGAGUUUGGGCUCAUUGCUGGUCAUGAGACCUAUUCUCUGUGUGAGGUGUCAGUCACUCCUGAAGGUGUCAUUAAACAGCGUCGACUACCAGACCAAUUGUCCAAAUUGGCAGAGCGGAUCCAGCUCAACGGCAGGUAUUACCUGAAGAACAACAUGGAAACAGAAACCCUCUGCUCAGUUGAGGAUGCUCACGAGCUUCUGAGAGAGAGUAAGAUCAGUCUUCUCCAGCUCAGCACUCUGGAAGUGUCUGCCCAGCUGUCCAUGCGUGACUUUCAUAUCUUUCAGAACAUUGAGUCCACUGAUUAUGUGGACAGUCUAUUUAAGCUAAACUUUAGCAAUGGUCAUCUAAAACAUUUUGAGGAGUUGAUCAACCAGGAGACCUUCUGGGUGGCCACUGAGAUUUUACAUGAAGCAAAUGCACUAAAGCGCAUGAAGACAAUCAAGCACUUCAUCAAGAUUGCACUGCAGUGCCGUGAGUGCAAGAACUUCAAUUCCAUGUUUGCCAUCAUAAGUGGUCUCACCCUUGCCCCUGUAGCUAGGCUACGAGGCACAUGGGAGAAGCUUCCAAGCAAAUAUGAAAAGCUCUUUCGAGAUCUGCAGGAUAUUUUUGACCCCUCACGCAACAUGGCCAAAUACCGCAACAUCCUGAGCAGCCAGAGUAUACAGCUGCCAAUUAUUCCUCUCUUUCCCGUGGUUAAGAAAGAUCUUACAUUCCUGCAUGAAGGUAAUGACACAAGUGUAGAUGGCCUUGUGAACUUUGAAAAGCUACGAAUGAUUGCCAAGGAGAUUCGCCAUGUUGUGCAAAUGACUACCACCAGCAUGGACCCAACAGUCAUGUUUCAUCCGAGAAAGAAGAGAUGGAAGAGUUUAGGGUCCUUGAGCCAGGGAAGUACUAAUUCCAACCUGCUGGAUGUGCAGGCUGGACAUAAGAAGCAUGUACGGCGCAGCUCAUUGCUAAAUGCCAAGAAGCUAUAUGAAGAUGCACAGAUGGCCCGAAAGGUCAGGCAGUACCUGGUACAGCUACAGGUGGAAACAGAUGAGGAGAAGUUCCAGAUUCUGUCUCUGCAGUGUGAGCCAGCCUACAGUACCUCAGAACCUCUUAAACUCCAUCAGGAUGGAUGGGAAACGUCAGUGCACAGUUAUUUUCAGAUCUCUCCAGAGAUGUUCAAUCAGGUUCAAGUCUGGGCUCUGGCUGGGCCACUCAAGGAGUUGUCACGUAACCACUCCUUUGUUAUCUUGGCUGGUGCUUAUGGCUGUUAUUCUGUGGGAAGAUGUACGGUCACCACAGUCUGAGGUCCACAGCACUCUGAAGCAGAUUUUCAGCAAGGAUGUCUCUGUACAUGGUUGCAUUCAUCUUUCCCUCAAUCCUGACUAGUCUCCCAGUUCCUGAUGCAGAAACACAUUCCCACAGCAUGAUGGAGGAUGGUAUUGACCAGCAGUGCCUGGUUUCCUCCAGAUAAGACACUUGGCUUUCAGGCCAAAGGUGUAUAUUUUUGUUUCCUUCAGGUACCAUUUGGCAAACUCCAGGCAGGCUGUCAUGUGUCUUUUACUGAGGCGUUGCUUCUGUCUGGCCACUCUGCCAUAGAGGCCUGUGUGGUGGAGUGCUGCAGAGCUGGUUGUUUUUAUGGAAGGUUCUCAUUGCGCUCUUUCAAAGUGACCAUCGGGUCACCUCCCUGACUAUGGCCUUCUCCCCGAUCGUUCAGUUUGAGUCCUGGCAGUUCCAAACUUCUUCCAUUUACAGAUGAUAGAGGCCACUUUGCCCUUUGGGACCUUCAUUGCUGGAGAAUAUUUUCUGUACCCUUCCCCAGAUCUGUGCCUCGAUACAAUCCUGUUUUAGAGGUCUACAGACAAUUCCUUGAACUUGCUCUGUUAACUGUGGGACCUUAUAAAGCCAAGUGUGUGACUUUUCAAAUCAUGUCCAAUUAACUGAAUUUACUACAACUCAAGUUGUAGAAACAUCUUAAGGAGGAUCAGUGGAAACAAUUUUGUGUGUCAUGGCAAAGGUUGUAAAUAAUUAUUCUUUUUUUAUUUACAAUAAAUUUGCAAAGAAUUCAAACAAACUUCUUUCUUGUUGUCAUUAUGGGGUAUUGUUUGUAGAAUUUUGUCUAAAAUAAUACAUUUAAUAAAUUCUGGAAUUAGCUUAACAUAAAAUGUGGAAAAUGUGAAGCACUGUGAAUACUUUCCAGAUGCACUGUAAACAGAUGUACUUUCCGGAUGCUCUGUUUUUUGCAGAUUGUCGAACCUCUGCCUUUUGUUGCUCCUAUCCCAACUUUUUUGAGAUAUGGAGCAUCCGCUGGGGGUAUUUCAUUUCAAUCAGUAGCUCAAUCUACAUGUGCUGUUGCCUUAUUUCUGGCUGCAAUACAUUUUAUUAAGCAUUAUCAGAUAAUUUAUUUUUCUGCCAUCCAGUCAUUCAAAAAUUGCUGCACAAAUAAAACAAUAACUAUAUAUAAAAUUGUACAUGAACAUCAGAAAACAUAAAAGAUGCAAGCCUCGAGUAUAAUCACACUCUUGAUGGCACCCAAAUGAGGAUGGGUUCCCCUUUUGAGUCUGGUUCUUCUCAAGGUUUCUUCCUCAUAACAUCUAAGGGAGUUUCUCCUUGCCACUGUCACCAUGGCUUGCUCAUCAGGAAUAAAUGCACAGACAAUGUCUGUUGUGAAAAGCGCUAUAGAAAUAAACUUGACUUGACUCUAUGUUGGUAGCAAUGGUCAGAUGCUCCUCAAAAAGUGCCAUAGUAGGAGUGUUAGACAUUAGAACAGUCAAUCAGAGUGUUAAAACAGUCAAUAAGAAAAUAUGGCAGUGGCCUUAUAUUCCUUCUUUUUUUAAUUGGAAUGUGUGUCCUUGGAAUGCAAACCUCAAAAUGGACAAUGAAAAAAAAUGUAUAUGUACUGUUGACACUCAGUUAUGUGAAUGCACAUAUAACUUUUUAUCCAGUAGCUGACAAAACGGUCGGGAUCAUUCAAACCAAUUAAGAUAUCUUAAUUGUAGAAUCAGGUGGAAACCACCACCCAUCUUCUGAAAUGCAUCAAGUAGAACACCUUUUCUGAAUCAUACUUGCUGGUCUUUUAAUUGCACCUUUGUCCAAGGAAGAACAAACUUGUUUAUGGUGUUGGAAAGUAGGAUUACAAUGUUAAACAUCUGGUGGUUCUUUGUCAGAGUGAAAAUGUCUCCCCAUUUCAGCUACACAUAUAUCAAUAAUAUGUAACUUUAUUUUAACAGUAUGACUUUCACUUUAUUAAAUUUAAUUAGUUUAUGUAGCUACAGCAGAUCCCAGAACAGACAGUUAAUAUUGUGCCUAGACAGAUAUUUGUGCACAGAAUUUACUGGUGGGAUAAAUCACAUCCCCAAUUCUUAAACAAUUGGGAUGUUGUAUACAAUGUAAACAAAAAUAUAAUAUAAUGAUGUGCAAAUCUCAUAAACACAUUUUAUUCACAAUAAAAAAUAGAAAGCAUAUAAAAUGCUUUGACUGAGGAAAUGUACCAUUUCUGAAAAAAGUAAGGUAAUUUUUUAUUUGAUGGCUGCAACACUUCACAAAAAAGUUGGGACAGGGCUAUAUUUACCACUGUGCAGCAUACCCUCUUCUUUUAACAAGUCUUUAUGCAUCUAGGAACACAUUAUUUAUUGUUUAUUAUUUUAUUUAUUAUUUAUUAAUGGGAACAUUAUUCUGAAAUUGUUUCACAAUCUGUAGACAGUUUUUUGCAGAUUGGUGAAGCUCUACCUUAUUUUUGCCCCUACCCCCAACUUAUUUGAGAUGUGUUGUGCCCAUUAAAUAAAAAAAAAAAAGAACAUUUUCUAAAUGUAAAAAUUUUUUGUUUUCUAUGUUAUAUUGUCAAUAAAAUAUGGGGUUAUAAGAUUGUCAUUAUUGCAUUGCAUUACAGUGGAACCCGGUUAUCCCGGUUAUCUCGCCCUCGGUUAUCUCGACAACCCUAUUAAGUCGACGUUUUUG